AUGCCGCUUGUUUCGCAGUCUGUUGUCCCGCGCGACAUCACUGAUGAGUUCACGGUAGCCGCCUCAAAGUUGAAAACCGGUCAGCUUGUCAAGGAUGAGUACUUUACGCUUUUCGAGGCUGUCGGUGCGCUGGAGAUUAUGGACUCCAAAAUGGACAGUGGGUACCUUGGGCCCGGCGAAAACCAUGCGCAGGCCUUGGAAGACGACUACGAUAUGACGCGAGAACUUGCUCCGGAGGAGGUGCUGGGGGUCAUGGAUGGACUGCUCUGCCACGAGAUGGGGUGGCAUAUGGGGCAUCCUCUUUCCCAGACCCUCUUCACUUCCCUAUACCUCGAUAAGCUUCUGUGGCCGGUGCCGAAGACCCUCGACGAGGCACACUUCCUUCGCGGGCAUACAGCAAACACCACGGAGGAACCGGCAAUGGUACAUCUCGUGCUGCGUGCGUAUUGCAUGGCGCUUGUUAAAUGCUGCGACUUUGUCCAUGCCCGGGUAGCGACUGAAUAUUACUUCGAGGAAGAGGACUUCGUUACACAACUCUACAACCGGUCUUUGCUGUCACAAUUCGAACCACAGUCAUUUUAUGAUCUUCUCAAUCGAGCGAUUUCUUGGGUCGACGAACAAAGGGGCAAGGUUGAUGAAGCUGUGCGAGAAGCUAUCCGAACUAGACUGCUUUUCCGGCGCGAGUUUCUGCUGGCUUUGGAGCAAGACGUCGACGUGAUACAGACGAGGUCCAAGGAGCACUUCCUGUUCUGUCUGUCCCAUCUGGAUGAUUUGACCAAGUCGACAUCGCUCGGGAAAGAUGUACCCGACUCUUUCAGCCUGAAAAUUCAGCGCAAGCUGGCCAGCACCGUCCCUCCUCGACCCAUGGUGAAUAUAAAUUUCGACGAUGCGCUGGCGCAUUUGAAGCGGUUGUGUCAAGACGCGGUUGACCUGCAGGAGAUUAUUGACUAUCGCGGGCCCUAUAACCUCAAGGUGACUAUAUGGACUCUACUGUCACGAAAGCCCCAGCCAUCGGUAUAUAUACGAUCUCUUGUUCAAACACUGAUUGUGAACAACAUGACCAUUCUUGGAGCCGUCCCUGUCAAAGACUUUCUAUAUGAUGAACUUGCAGAACUUGUCCUGCCAUCAAGUAUACUCCUGCAAGCUAACAUGGACGAAAUCGAACUGCCUUCCGACCCUCGCUUCCAGAUUGCAAAGAUGAUGGAUGUCUUUGUGAAGCGCCUUUCCCAGCCAUUUGUGGAUACGUUCCGCAGUGCCUGCCUGAACCGCUGUCGCAUCCGCCGAACCGUAUGCCAUACCAUCGCGGACUGGGACAACCUACAAAUGGAGGCAAAAGAUCUCGACGAGCAACUCCGCACCUUGAGCAACGAGCCCCCACUGAUGCUCGCCAACGGCGACGCUACAUAUUCCUACCCUCUCAGUAGCUGGGCCUACCAUCACAAACUAAACCAGUUCCGACUCAUCCUCCAGCUCGGGUUUGAACUUUCCGUCUAUGCGCCGGAAGAGCUCCCGGGAAUGUACUGGUAUCUAUCCCACAUUUGCUCCACGCAUCUUGGCCACAUCGAUCGGAUUCGUACGUUCACUGUGGGCACCGCCAAACGGAACAUCACCGAGAUGGCGACGAAGAAACGCGGCGCCCUUGAGCGGCACGCUGCCCUGCAGAAAUCACUCCGGCUCCUCGAAAGGCUUACCACCCAGAUCGUGGCGGUUGAUGCCUUCGCGAUUUCCCUGCACGCUUUGUAUGUGCUUCUUGCUCGGCACCGUGUCCUGCCGACCGCCUCUGGGGCCCAGGCCUACUCCAGCGACCGACUGCGCUACGAACUCCGCAUGAAGCCGUUCCUCCAAAUCACUCUCCCGGAACUAGUCCCCUACGACGAAUAUCAUCGGGAAGCCACGCUCGAAGGGGACAGCGACGAGACCGUACUGGAGCGCGCCACCAAGGCUAUCUCGGAAGCACGAAAGGCCUGGGAAGCUACGCUGGCCAACGGGCCCUUCAUGCAGGACUCUGGCGGGGAGGAGAAGCCCGCCCCGGCCAUCGAAGAAGACUGGAAGCGCGAUGCCAAGGACACGAUGCGCGCCUGCAUCGGGGCAAGCAUCGCGAUCGAAACGGUCAAGAAAGCCCUGAAAGGCAACGCGAGCUCGGCCCAGUCGCAAGACUCCGCUAACGUGUCCGUAAAUCUUCGGGUGAGCAUCCCGGAAACGGGCACCAAGGCCCGUUGGCAUGACUGGUGGGUUGUUCCGCAGGUCUCCCAAGUGACCGUAGGCUCCAAAACAUGA